GAUAGAGUUACUAUUCUAUAUAGUUUCUAGCCUCUAACUCUCUUAGAGAGAGUGUCUUCUCUAAUAAUAUGAACUAGUAUGAAGUAAUCAUCUCGUGGAUGGGGGAGUAAACUGUACACAACACCACGCGUCAUAUAUGGUCAGAUGUUCGAUUAUACUUAUUGUAAUGCAAUAAAAUCAUUAUAUUCAACAUUGUGUGUUAUUUUGUAAACUGAUGUACGCCGCAGAGUUCGAAUCUCGUUACUAAUCCGCCUAUUAAGUACAACGAAGUAAUGUGUGGUUUUUGUGUCAGCGUUGCUUGUGUGUGGAAUUAUGGUUAUAUUUAGUAUAUGACGACUACGGUGUUUUGAAGCACGGAGCACUGCCACUCCUUCAGUUAUAAUAUUUUUACAAUUUUUUUAUUUUAUUUGUAAGUGAAAAAAAUGGAAGAUAUAUUUCAAUGGUGUCGUGAAGGAAAUGCCAUGCAAGUACGUGUUUGGCUAGAUGACACCGAACAUGACAUGAAUCAAGGCGAUGAUCAUGGGUUCAGUCCACUCCAUUGGUGUUGCAAAGAGGGACACUUGAAAUUAGCCGAGUUGUUAGUUAGCAGAGGAGCACGUAUUAAUGCAACUAACAGAGGUGAUGAUACUCCUCUUCAUCUUGCAUCUGCCCAUGGACACAAAGAAAUAGUUCAAUUGUUACUUAGGAAUCGAGCAGAUGUCAAUGUCACAAAUGAGCAUGGUAACACUGCCCUUCAUUAUGCGUGCUUUUGGGGCGAUCAAGCAGUUGCCGAAGAAUUGGUAACUGCUGGUGCUUUGGUAUCAAUUGCAAACAAGGAUGGUGAUACUCCGUUAGAUAAAGCACGAGGCCAUUUGGCCAAAAGAUUACACGAUUUAGCUGUAGAAUAUGGACAGGACUUAAAAAAGAUUCAGUUUAAAGAUCAAAGCUGGCUAGGUUUGAAAACUAGAAGUCGUGAUGCAACGCUAUCAAGGCACAAAGGAAUAAACAUGGCAGAUCUUUCUCUGCAUACUCAUUUAGCUAGUACGCCAAGUGGUGAAACAUGGCGUGGGCGUUGGCAAAACAAUGACAUUGUGGCAAAAAUUUUGAAUAUACGUGAAUGUACGGCUCGAAUUUCAAGAGACUUUAACGAAGAAUUCCCAAAAUUAAGAAUUUUUUCACAUCCCAAUGUACUACCUGUACUUGGUUGUGUCAAUCAACCACCGCAAUUAGCAACUGUCUCGCAAUAUAUGGCACGUGGGAGUUUGCAUAGGCUUUUACAUGGAGGUACAGGCGUCGUUGUUGACACUGCCCGUGCACUUAGACUUGCCCUCGAUGUAGCGAGAGCUAUGGCAUUUCUUCAUGGGCUUGAAAGGCAAAAUAGAUGUAGAUUUCACCUUAAUAGUAAACAUAUUAUGAUUGAUGAAGAUUUAACAGCUCGCGUGAACAUGGCGGAUUCGAAAUUUUCAUUUCAAGAGGUGGGUCGAAUCUACGAACCAGCGUGGAUGUCUCCGGAAGCAUUAAGUAAACGUCCGGCGGAUAUAAAUCUCGAGGCCAGUGAUAUGUGGAGUUUUGCCGUUCUGUUAUGGGAACUUGCGACAAGAGAAGUUCCGUUUGCAGAUCUUUCGCCGAUGGAAUGUGGCAUGAAAAUUGCACUAGAGGAUUUACGUGUUAGUAUACCUCCAGGAAUUUCACCGCAUCUUGCUAAGCUUAUUAGAAUUUGUAUGAACGAAGAUCCAGGGAAACGCCCGUCUUUUGAUAUGGUCGUUCCUAUACUCGAUAAAAUGAAACGCUAAUUUUUGAUAUAAUUUUUCUGUGCAUUGUAAGAAUCGUGGCUUUCGUCCAAACAUGUGUUUCAUUGCGAAUGCGAUUAAUCAAAGAUUGUUCCAAAUUAGUUUACUUAAUGAUUCAUUUGGAUUCGUGACAAAGUAAAUCGAAGCAAAAAGAGCGAUUCUCAUUUGAAUUGCGAAGAAGCACAUAGUUAUACUUGACGAAAUGUUUCGAAAAACUGUACCUGCUAAUCGGUAUCAGCAUAUAGAACAAAAAUUCUUUUAAAAAAAUUAUUAUUUAGUUGUAAAACCGGCGUUCUUGUAAGAAUGUCACUACUACUAAAUCUUUUCGAUACAAAUUGUUUUCUAUCGAAUACGUUCUUUACCAGUGAAACUAUUAUUAUUUUUAUUAUUAUUUUUCGACGCUUUUCGCAAUGAACACAAUUUAGCAGAAAAAUCUUCGAAUAUUUUUGAUAAACUGGUAAAUAAUUUCAGAAAUGGACACUCGUUAAACGAAGUGUCAUUUGUAUGAGUUAUUCGUUAUUGUUUUCUUGUCGAUAGAUUUUAAUAGAGAUAAUCGAAGUUGGUUGAUGAAAGAUAAUCUUAUAAGCUAAUAUUAUAAGCUAGAGAUCUUUUGGGCAAAAUUUGUGCGAUAAUUAAAUGAUAAAAAAUACAUAUUAAUUUAUAUUUGAUGAAACAUAUUGAAUUCUUCGAAAGGUAAAGUUCCCGAAUAGUUGUAUUCUCGCCGGUAUCUAUGCUCUUGAAGUAUAUUGUCAGAUCACCAUUUUAAACAAUCUUUUCUCAUAUAUACAUAUAUAGGGUAGGUAUCGGUUUCACUUUACGAGUUACACAUAAAAGUAUGUUUGGCAUCAUAUAUGUACUUUGCUUCUAUAUUUUAUACAAAAUUGAAAGUUAGAUAUUAUAAUUAUUGUUUGUACAUGCGCGUGUGUGUUCAAAUUAUAAUUAUGCUGAUUUAGUCGUGCCAUUAUUGAUAAUGUCCAUCCGGACCGCCAACAGUUAAAUACUCCUUCACAUAUGGAAUUCAGUGAUUGGAAUUUUUAUUAGUUUUAUCGUUGUUUGUGUCACCAUGAAGAUACUAAAACAGUACAAUUAAAAUUCAUGAGGAGGUUACACAUCGACAGAGUAAGCUUCAUACGGUAUAUAUAAUACCAAAUGUACUUUAGCGUAUAAGUAGAACAUUAAAACCGACCACCCGUUGUAUGCAUACGAAAAAUACAUUUAAAAUGGUGAUCUUGACAAUAGGAUUUAAGGGCAUCAGAAUCUGUGAAGUGGCAACAUGGCCCUUCGAAAAAUUCGUAGCAAAAUUUAGAAAAGAUCUGAAAAUGUCAAAAUAAGGAAUAUAUGCACCAAUUUUUUAAAUAACUUUUUACUAUUUACUAGAUAACUUUUGAUAUAAUUUUUCUUAUAUCGUUAAUUAAAAACCAUUUUCAUUCCCAAAGAAACCUAAUUAAACGUAAUCAAAUUGCACUUACUAAUUACAUUAGGAAAUGCAGCCUCAACUGAUCUGCCUUUAUUAAAAUAACUAAAUUAUAUUUUUUAUACAAUCGUAUUUAAAGAAAUAAUGUGCCUACGAAAAUCUUCCACAAUAUUUGUUCAUAUAUAGUGAGCAAGUUUAUUGUUGUCUGUUAUUUAUACAAUUUUCAUGUAUUCCUAUUGUCUAUAAUCAUAUUCACAUUUUCCAAAUAAAUAUUAACUCGUCUUUUUAUACAUGUAUAAUAUGAUCGACUUUAUAAUAUCGUUAAUUUUGUUGAUACAUUCUGGUGCACGGAGUGUUAAUUAUAAUUAAUACUUGAUGUGACUAUUACUUUUUCUGUCAUUUCACUCUGAAUAUGUCCAGCAUAUGUUGCGUCAAUAUCACAAGCUGGAUUUUAUAACCUCUGAUAUAUUGUAUCUUAAAAUGAAAAUAAAUAAAACUCUAUAAUAUAUAAA